CGUAGCAAGCUUGAGCACCCAAUUCGACCGAAGAUCUCCGCACGGGUACCGGUACCUCGUAAACAAAGGUACCAAUGUAGCGGCAUCCUUUGGUAGCUAGCGAGCGGCGCAAGCACGGAUCGGAAGGAAUAAUCUUUAUUUUGUUGCGGAUAAAUCACCUCUAUCAAUAUGGCGACGGGAGAUCAACUUCAUAGAAUGACGGAAAAUGUCUACAGGCAUACAAUAGAGGGAUUUAAUCCCGAGUUGAGGAAUCUAGUCACUCUUGGCAGAGCUUAUGAGAAGGCAUUGCAAAGUGUAUCACAAGCUGCAAAGGAUUAUUUCAAUGCUAUAGUUGCUGUUGGUGAACUCGCUAGUGAGACAAAAGACUCCAGACAACUGGGUCAGUCACUACUUCAGAUAGCAGAAACCUACAGGCAAAUAGAAACUGAAAGAGAAAUCACAGUGCAUGCAUUGAGGAAAGAGCUUCUGCAUCCAUUAGAAGGCAAACUAGAGCAGGAAUGGAAGAAUGUCCUUCAGGUUCAGAAAACAUACCUAUCAGAAAACAAAGCUAAAUCAGAGGCUGUUGAAAAGUGUCGCUCUGAGGUGAAGAAACUUCAGAAGAAGACACAAAAGAACCACAGUGAAAAAUACAUAGAGAAAGAACAGAGGACGGCCGAAGAGCUUCAACUCCUGACCAAACAACUUCACAAUUUCAGAUCUAAUGGACUGAGAGAGGCAUGGACAGAGGAGAGAAGACGAUACUGUUACCUUGUCGAUAGGUAUUGUUCACUCAUCAAAAACAAUGCUGCUUUCUUCAGCAAGGCUCAGAGUGUUCUUCAUCAUCGCCUUCCCAAGUGGAAUGAGUCAUGUGACAAGUCAGACAAGCUGCCUGAAGAAUGUGAAGAUAUCCUCAGCUUUGAUUUCUCAGGUCCUCUAGAGACGCCCCUUCAGGUAGAGCUGAGGAACUCCAGAAGACUCUAUGAACGCAAUAUCAUGCUUGCCCAGAACGAAGAGAGGACUAAGAAAUCACCACAACAUGAGCCCACCUCUCCCAAAACCCCCAAUGAAUCUGACCGCCCCCUCUCGGUGGAUGUCGAGCCGCCGCAGCAGCCACCCCCUCCCAGCAGCACGGGCGUGACCUCCAGCUACAGCGCCACCCUCCCCAACAUCAAGAAACUAGGGAGCAGCACGCACCCCUCGGUCCAUCAGCUACCCCCCUUCCAGACCAACCAGCAGCAGCAGAUGAUACCCCCUAUGACCCAGCCAACAACACCGUCACCACCGCAGCAACCGCCUCAGCAACAACAACAACCGCUCCAGCAACCGCCUCAGACGCAAGUGCCGCCAAAUCUCGCUGGGAGGCAUUCCAAGUCGGUCAAGUCGCCUCAUCAUCUCCAUGCCAUUUCUCAGACAAUGCCUCGUCAGACAUUCAUGCGUCGGGUAUCGGAGGCUGGUGACAUGAUGGAGAAUGAGCAGAAGAUGCCUCGCGUUCAGGCCGUCUACACUCACUCCGCAACGGGAGAGAAUCAACUUGCUUUCAGUGAGGGGGAUAUCAUUGGCUUGGUCGGUCCUAAGAACAAUGGCUGGUUCUAUGGACACAACUACAGGACUAGGAGGAAUGGCUGGUUCCCAAUCACCUACACACAACCUCUGGCUGAUAUUGUACCCAAGACUAAUGGAACAAGCAGUAACAUUUUGAACACCAAGCCUGUAGCAGCCAGUAUGGACAACUUGCAAUCCGUGGGGAACGACUACCCCACCCCGGACUACUCCGGUCCUGGUAGCCCGGUCACGGCCGCAUCAACCCUGUCCCUCCCACAGGUGGGCAUCGCCAUACCCUCCACCCUCUCUACUCCGCCCACCUACACCAACCCCUCUGCGUCCGCCUCCAACAACAACGGGGUGGAGAACGGCGGGGUGAAACCCUCGGGGUUGCUGAUGACCGCGCCCGUCGGGGUGGUGGAGGGAGAGGAGAGGAACAACAUCCAGAAUCAGCAACAGCAGCAGCAGCAACAACAGACCGGGAACUCAACCUUCAACACCGCUGUGCCAACUACAAAGCAGUCUGCUUCCAUCCAGCCUGAUGUGCAGCUUUCUCAAAUUCAACUCUCUGUGCCUGAUGAAAACACCAAUGUGCCCUCACCAAACAAUGGAGAUCAGGGAGAAAGCAAUCCUUUCACCAAGAUUCAGCUCCGAAAGACGGUUACAAACGAUAGAUCAGCUCCUAUCAUUCCAAGAGAUUAUCAGCUGGGAGAAUUCGCACGACACUAAAGCUAUUUGACCAUAAUCCAGGAUGAUCCAACUCAUGUCAAGGACAACACUCAUCAAAAACUGCAAAUUGAUUCCAUUCUCAUUAAGAAUGAUGCAUGCACAGUACACCAAACUGUGGUUACUAUGCAUGCAUGGAACAUCAUUCCAGACUACCUUGUUGCCAUGACAGGCAGACCUCUCACACGGACUUCAUGGAGGAAGGUCAUAGUAUGCUAUUCCCAUCGGGAUUGCUGACAACCAGAGGAGCAGAAUCUACACCUGGGGGUGUUUCCCAAAGAUCUGAGUACAACUUUAAGUCAUGCGUAGGGCUGACGUGCACAUGAUAUGUAAUGGGCAAUCUCAUGAUUGAUAAGUAGUAACACGCGUCCUCUUUAGCAUCAUGAGUUUUCCAAUGCGGUUAUGCCUUUCACAUAGCACGCAACUUUAAAUUUAGGUGCGAAUCUUAUGUCAUACUUAACUCUUUGUAAAAACACCACCAGAUCACUGAGAGUGAAUGCUUUUAGAGCUGAAGAGGAGAUUAAAUUAGAUUUGAAAAAAGCAGAAUUGAUUUAUAGAGGCUGAGGACUGAUUUUAUGAAGGUGUUCUCAAGUUGAACAGUGCGUUUAUAAUUAAUUAGUGGUGUUGCUUAUUGCUGAAAGAGUUGCAAUCAUUUACAACUCUGAAGAUCAAAUGCAACUUGAUUAAUAACAAAUCACAAGUGCGUAUUUGAGACCUUUGAUUGAAUUCGAUUUGUGUUCAAAUCUACUCUUUUAUAAUUGGCUGCAUGUCAUGAAAUGUAUUGGAAUAAUUACAACUGGUUCACAAAAGUCUAAGGCCAGUUUUCACAAGCAAAGGAAAACUGAAUCAGCUGUGAUUCAUUUGUAGCCAAAUUUGACAUGCAUAACUACAGUGAUGUUCCAUUUGUCCAAAAUUUUGGUAAUCAAACUUUUACAACUCACUUUUCGUUGAAAAUGGGCCUUUUUUUUCAACAUGAAGUCCUGGAUAGGAGCAAAAUGAAAAUUUGAAAUGUACAAAAUCAGCAAAUUGAUUUUAAGAUGACGUGGAUAAAUUAUACGCUUUACGGAUGUUGAUAAAACUUUGAUAAUUGAAGUACAUGUAAUCCUUAAUUUGAACAUGUGUAUGACCAAGUUAUUAUGUCACUCCUCAGAAAAAAAAUUUGUGCUAUCAUAAGACAAUGAGUCUUUAAUAUAUUAUGCAACUCAACAAAUUAAUAUAUGUGCCUAGGUAUUGCCUUUUGUCAAAUUGCAAUAUUUUAUGAACAAAAAAGAAAAUAUAGUAUCCUUUGUAAUCUUAUAGAGUAAGUAUUACAUGUAUUUUGCAGAACAAAAAAGUCUUUAUGUAAAAUAAUGAUAAUGAAAACAUGUAUACAUGUAGGCCUACAUGUACAUGUAGAUUUUUUUCAUGUUGCAUGUGUAAAUAGUGUAAAGCUACUUGCAAUAUAGCCGUAAUUGUCAGAUAUUAUGCAUUUUGCUGUCAUGUAAAUAAGAUAUAAUGGCACCAUCACAUAAUAUUUCUUUUCUGUUCUAUGUACAUUUUUGAUGGUAUGCUAGUAAGGAUUUUCAUAUCAUAGAAAUAAUGAUGUUUAUUUUAUUACCAUACAUGUAUUUAAGUUUAUAUGUUAUCGUAACCCAUUCGGGACAAUUUACCACUUUUUGUGGCUUGGAUACAAGUUUUGCUGCCGAAUUACAAAAAAAUCACUCUCUUUAACAGAAGAAACGAUAAUACCGAACACAUAUUUUGGGGCCAUUACUUUUCUUCAUGGGUAAAAAAAAUGACUGAAAAUUAUGUCUAAAUUCCUUCAACGGGCAAUGUGGUGAAUCCUUAAAAUCACUGUUUUCAGAAAUUUAUUUGCUUUGUAACUUAGACAAAACUGAUCUACCAAUAACAAAUUGCAUUUGAUUGCCCUUCAAUUAGAUUAUGAAAAAGAAAAUGAGGUUUUAUAUCUGAUCAUGGAUGCUUCUUUGCCUCGUCUAAACGCCUUUAGUUUAUUGCUCCAUAACUUCAAACAUGGCGUACUUAGAAAAGUGGGUGGGGGGUUAUAGAGUUGUGGUGCUGAUGUUAUGUGCACAUUAUAUAAAGGGAACUAUCUAUUCAUAAGCCUUCCGGGUGCCUUCAGACAGCACGCACUCUAUACUACGUGGAGCAUACAAAUUUUGAUUUUGUAAAUAAAUACACCUGUGCUCAAAGCAGUAAUAAUAGUUAACAGUGGUGCCUGUUUCACAAAGAGUUACAACUAUUGUAACUUUGCCACUAUGGCAACUACCAUGGAAACUUUGAUUAUGAUUGGUUGCUGAGCUCUGUUACCAUGGUGUAUGUAGUUGUCAUAAUGGGAAAGUUACAUCAUUUGUAAGUGUUUUAUGAAACAGGCCCCAGGGCCUGUAUAACAAUAGUUAGUGAUUGAUUUUACUGAUUUUUAUGAUUGAUUGCAUUGAUAAUCAUGUGCAAACCACUCGUACAACUUGGUUGUACAAUCAAUUUCUAUGCUUUAUGUUAUGAGGCCCUUAUGCAAGUUAGUACAGUGUGUAAGUAAGUGCAUUAUCCAGUGUCUUCCAUUAAACAGAUAUACAAGGUAGCUUUAUCAACUCAAGGAUGAAAAUUUUUGAAAGCCAUUAUUUGUUGACAUGGUAGUUCUGAAACGCGACAGAUUUGAUCUUUUCUUCAGGAAGAUAUUACAAUUCAUGAAAAACAGGAGUUGACAUUUCUUCUUUUUUUUUACUUCAACCAGGGAAGUGGGAGUCAGACUUCCAUGCCUUAACACCAAUUCACAUUUUUCUAGGAUAUUUUAACAAGGCAAUUAAUUUAGCACCAAUGUAUGCAGUUGUAAUAGCGGAGCUAAACGGCUGUAAGAGCUCUUAUUUGUAAUCUUCAUGUAUAUUCAGGUUGAAGCAUUAUAUUGCUGGUCACUGCAAAGCAAUCUUACGUUUUGAUAAUGACCAUUGAACCAGGUAAAAUAUCUAAUGAUCUGUCUUUUAUAUCUUAAGUAAACAAUUCAAUUAUUGUUGGAUCCUAGGUAGAGUUAUAUGAAUAAUAGAUCUAUAUGACUAGACAUCACAAAUAAUGCUGAAAUCGAUAUUAUUAAAUGAUGAUUUGUGUAAUAAUGAUUGCAAUUAUGAUACGGAUAAUGGAAAUUAUGGUUGAAAUAAUAAGAAACAAUGCUGGUGAAAUCCAUUUCAGUCAUAAUGGAAGUUAUGUUGAAGAUAUGCACAGCAACUACAUCUAUUGAUCUCAAUACUUGCUUUUCACUGCACUGCACAUCACAGGCCUGUGUAUGUUUGUCUAGACUUUCGCAGGACGAAAGUAACAGAGCUCAAGUUGUGACUAAAAAGACUGAUAUAAUACACUUGUUGUGUUUGAUAAAUAGUGUAGUCAUUAAUGGGAGGUGCUUCUAAAUGACAGCUCUCUUUAAAUACUCAGACAUCAUCGAUCAUUUCAAUAUAUGAUAGAUAAUUUCUUAAAAGGAUGGGGUUAUUAUCAAAGUUAAUGUUAUAUUUGUCGAUGAAAGGCUACUGUCUUGAAAGUUUAAUUAAAAUUCUUUUCACUGAGCAUCGCUGUAGAAAAGACUGCAACUUAUUACAAUAUAUAUAUACAUGUACAUGUAUAUACAUUUAUAGUGCUUUCAUAACAUGAUGCAGUAUGUACAAUAAUAUUUUUCAUAAUUUUCGUGAAAUUUUUUGAUUUUUGUAAGUUGUGAAGUUAUGAACAAUAUAUAAGUAAAUAAGUUGAUAUUGGCAGUAAUUAAGAGUGCACAAAAAGUAUUUUUACAUGUUUCUUUAGUAAGCAGAGAGAUAACUUAUUUGAAAUAUGAGUUGCAUGCAACUUUUAAAUGAGGAAUCAACUUGUUUUUAUCUUUUGGCGGCGGGGGACUUUUUAAGCUGCAAUAUUUAGAGGAAAAUGUUCAAAGUAAAAUAUUGAGUUAUUUGCAAAUGUUAUUGCAUGAGCAAUUAACUUUUUUAACUUUUGGUUGCAGGGAAGAUUUUUUUAAAGGGCAAUGUUUAAAUGUUAUGACUGUUCUUUCAGGUCAGAUACUGUUUUGACAACAUUUAUAACAAUACUCAACUUCAUGAAAGUUCAUCUGUGUUGGUAAAAGAUAACGGUUUUGUUGAACUUUGGUUCACAACAAAAGUUCAACAAAAUCGCAAUACUCAACUUGUUUUAGCUUAGAGUUUCAGGGGGAUGGGGUUAACCUGUAAUGUCAUUUUAUGUUUUAAAGUAUGUGCUUUGAAAACCUCAACAUUGUAUGUUUUACUCAAUAGUAUGCCUAAAGACUGUAAUAUUUAUAGACAAUACCAUUUCAAGUUUUCUAAUAACGGUGCUUUGAAAACCUCAACGAUAUAUGUUUUUACUCUAUAGUAUGCCUAUUUCUCUGCAUUUCUUUCUUUGAUUUAAGUGUAUAUUUGAUAGACCAAUAUUAUGUGCACGUUGUAAUGAUUUGUAAAUAGGUUUCAUGCAUCGAAUAUUGAUUAAUAUUAUACAUGUAUAAUGAAUAUUGAUGAUGUUUGUAUUUGUAUCAGAGCGAAUGAAGAUCAAAGCAAAUCGUAUAUUUUGAGAAUAUAAAAAUAAUGAUCUAUAGCCCCAAAAUGCGAAUUAUGGUAGAAAACACUAAAAAAGCUGUUUAUUAUAAACUCAUGUUGUGCAUUAUUAGUACAUUGUAUUUCACCAGUUAACUUGUAUGGUUAACCAUUGCAAAAAAGUAAUACUGAAUAAAUACACUGUACCAAGUUCUCA